AUGAUGCUGACCAGUGCUCUCCUUGGCAUGGCCCUCGCCGAUCCAAUUCUCAUUCCUUUGAAAAAGACCCCCAUGACCCGAGGAAUCGGAAAUCUCCACUCCAAGUACCGAGCCGACGUCCCCACCAACGAAUUGACCAACUACUUCGACGCCCAGUACUUUGGCCCUUUGACAAUUGGAACUCCCCCUCAAAACUUCACGGUCAUCUUCGACACUGGCUCCUCCAACCUCUGGGUUCCUUCCUCCAAGUGCGAUCCUCACAUCGGCACUGGUUUCGCUUGUUUGAACCACAACAAGUACAACAGCGAUGACUCCAGCACCUGGACCGAGGAUGGAACCAAGUUCGAGAUCCAAUACGGAACCGGCUCCAUGGUCGGCUUCCAGUCCAUCGAUGACGUCGACAUUGCUCCUGGCUCUGGUGGCCUUGUCGCCAAGCAGGCUACCUUUGCCGAAGCUGUUGAGGAGCCUGGCGUCACCUUCCUCGCUGCCAGGUUUGAUGGAAUCAUGGGUCUUGCCUACCCUUCCAUCUCCGUCAACGGCGCUACUCCCAUCUACAACCAACUGAUGGAAGACGGCCAGGUCAACGGCGUCUUCGCCUUCUACAUCCAUCGGGAUAGCUCCAAGCCCGGCCAGUCCGACAUCGGCGGCGAAAUCGCUUGGGGAGGCGUCAAUCCAGAACGAUUCGAAGGAACCUACCCAGAAUCGUUCACCUGGCACGAUGUGAGCCGACAAGCUUACUGGCAAGUCAACAUGGGAACCGUCACUGUCAACGGGGAUGGUUUCGUUUCCGACCAGCCUCUCGUCGAGUGCCAGGGUGGCUGCCAAGGAAUCGUCGAUUCUGGCACCUCUUUGAUCACAGGCCCAACCGAAAUCACCGACCAAAUCAACAAGGCUAUCGGAGCGAUCGAAUUCAUUGCUGGAGAAUGGCUCGUUGUUUGCCGAAACAAACCAAGAAUGCCGACAAUCGACAUUUACAUUGAUGAUGUUCGAUACCGAAUGACUCCUGACGACUACGUUUUGACGAUUGAGGAUCAGGGACAAACCCAGUGCAUUUCCGCCUUCAUGGGUCUUGACAUUCCCCCACCAGCUGGUCCUCUCUGGAUUCUCGGAGACGCCUUUAUGGGCAUGAAAUACACUGUCUUCGACUUUGACACCAACCGAGUCGGUUUUGCUCCACUCAAGGGUGAACAAUAA